AAAAAACUUUCUUUAAGUUUAUUUUGCUUGUUGGGAUUUUUUUUGUACGCCAUUGUUAUUAAUUACCUGGAAAUCAUUCUGCCAGUUCACCAAGCUCUACUUGAGAGCCAAAGCACUGAUGUGUUAUUAUCGUGGAUAAAAAAGUGGCGAACGCUUCUUAAGGCUCCAAAGCCUCUGAGAGCUCGCAGUGAUUGCUCCCGGGCUUGGAUGAACGCGAUGUCAUUGGGUUUUAAUGAUCAAACUAUUAAAACGUACAUCGAUACGAUGUUUUUAAGAGCAGCGAAAAGUCCUCUGGAUAAAGCAAGACCACCCAUAUAUACAUUUGUUCAAUUAGACGUGGCCCAUUUUAUGAAAAAAAUAUAUGAAAAAAAAGCUGUUCUUUUAUUGAAUGGAAAUAUUCGGCCUGCUAUUCCUAUCAACGGGAUUCAUUAUUUGGUACUUAACACCUGCCCUUUUGACACAAUCAUACAAAUAUUGGCAGCAAGUGGCAUGGAUAAUUCGGCGUAUGAAGCUUUCAUUGAUGUGUCUUCGUCUUUUUCUCCCGCAAUGAAAUUUAUUCAAUAUUUCAUGAAGAAUGGUGUCUGUGUAGACACAUAUCGUGAACGAACGAGAUUGAUAAUUAAUACAUUUCCGGAUAAAAUGAAAUUGCCCGACAAUAACACGAAGGCUGACAAAUUGUAUCCUCAUACGGUUGAUAUGUACACAGGGACUGCUGAUGUCUGGACAAAGUGUUUUGAAUCCACACCAAGUGGCUACAAUAGCUACAACUGUGAAAAAUGUGGGCUGUACUCGACUCCUCAAAGCACAGUGUGGCUAAAUUUAAAAGUGAUCUGGGAGCAUGGCUUUAAUCAUUUACAAGAUGCCAUACCAUCCGAUUGGAAAUCAACCCAAUGCAUAAAGUGUCACUCUCAGUGCACCCUCAAACAGAAAUAUACAAAUCAUCUCUUCAUCGAAGCAGACGCUCGACCGGGACCAAGUGACAAGCCAGCGAAACACAUGUUAAGCGACUUCCCGAGAACAAUCACACUCAAUUGUUCUAUAUACAGGUAAGCAGAAUACCUGAAACGAAUUUACCAGGUACUUAUAUAAAUUAUAAACGAUUCACAACGCCCAACUUACCAGGUUGCGAGGAGUAAUUGGCCAUCAACCAGGCAGUGCGAAAAAUUCGCAUUUUAUAGCAUACUGUUAAAGGUCUCGUUGGGAGGAGUACAACGAUAUAUUAUCUUCAAUCACCAUAGUCCAACCAUCUAAGCAAAUCAUCCCGAACGCAGCUAUCUACAUUCGAGAUGAUAGCAACUCUACUCACUCCAAAUACCGUCACGAUGAUGGCGAAGAUAAACCAUAGACCCAGAAUAAUAAUUAUUUCAUGGUGGAGUUUUACAAAAGUCAUCAAAAUUUUCACAAGAAUUAUA